UGCUCAAGACAGCAGAGAAUCACUUGGAAGAAACACUUGGAAUAUAUGCAUCGACAUCCUUUCUCGGAGAUUUCUACCUUCAACGGAAUAUUUUCCCUUAUCCAAGACAAAGGAAAGACAUGUGAAUGAUUCACUUCUUAGCAUUGUUUCUUCAUUGUUUUAGACAAUGAUUCAGUGGGAAAAACGGGCGUUGGUCGCUGCUUUUACAUUGGUGGUUAUUCUACUCGAAGUAGAAGUAACAACUGCAAACGACUGCUUCAGUAUGCCCACCGUGACCGAUCUGAACCUGACGUUCCACACCCGCCGGGACAUUAGCGGGUCUGGCCUCGACGGCAGCGAGGACAAAUGGACAGUCGACGCCGUUGGCUCGUGGAAGAGACCGCCAGGAGUUUUCACCAGAUAUGGAGUGAGGCUAUCAAUAGCACCAAUGAAUUUGUCCAACGCGCACGUGUGUGAAAUAGAUUCAGCGUCCUACACCUUGACAGAAAAUGAAUCAAUCACAUUUUCAGAUGUCAACUUCGGAUUUCCAUAUGAAAUGAUGGUUAGAACUGUUGAUGAUGACAAGGAUAUCAUGCAGCCAUCUGUCCAGGGUAGCUCUAUUGGACCGAUUCAAUCCCCAGAUUGCUACGAGGAGACACAAAGCGAGGCGUUCUGCCGCGGGAAAGCUGUCCAGACUACCGGGAAACCUGUGGAUUUGCGUAUAGACGGCAUCACGCGGCAAGAGGACGGGCAAAUCGAGGUUCGUUCAUCGUGGAUUAGACCCAUACAGUCGAACGGUGAAAUUCGGAUGUACGGUGUGAACUACAAGCAGUCUAACGAGCACGUCAGCGAUCAGACCGGCAGAAAAAAUCAAGUUCGUGCAACGCAGGAAACUGGUCCGUGGAACACAUCUCGGCGAUACGAGCACAACAUGACUCUCCCUGAUCCGCCAGAUCACCAAUAUGAGUUGCAGGUUACACCUUAUGUGACGAUCAACGAUGAGGGUAAGAGCGGCUCUUCGGCUCAGAUACGGUUUAACACGGCAGGAGCGCAAGAUCCUCGAAACAGACCUGCAGCUAGGGAGUCCGUGGCGCCUCAGGGGGCUGUUGCACCUCAACCGAGGCCAACCCCCCCUGCCAGACCCAUGCCGCCCAACAACGAAGUCGUGAGUGAGGGCUUCGGCACCACACCUUCAAGCGGCAGUCGCGGCACUUUCGGCACUUCGACCGUGCUCAGAAGUGAAGAAUCACCCACCCAAGGCACGCCCGCCGGGGGCUCGAUGCUGGUGACCGCCUCAGUGGCGGUAGGCGCCGCCCUGGCCUUUCUACUGUUCAUGGUGUGCGUGGCCUGCGUCUGUUUCAGGCGCAAGAAGAAGGAGGAUGAGUUGAAGAAGGCGGUGUUCAUCCGCACACGGGAGGAAGAGAUCAGUAUGUAUCACCCCAAGGGAAGUCUGGAGAAGAAUGAGACCGACUGCAAGGAGUGUCUGCCUGAGUUCGAAGUCAAGGAGCUAGACCGGACACUGUUGAAGUUGGAGAAAGAGCUGGGCAGCGGCCAGUUCGGCGUGGUCUACAAAGGCUAUGCGUUCGGCGUCUACAACAAGGAAGAAUACUCGCCCGUUGCCGUCAAGAGUCUCAAGUGCAAUGCGAGUUUGUGCAUGAAGGAGGACUUCUUGGAUGAAAUUAAGCUGAUUAUUGAGAUUGGAGCGCAUCCUAACAUCCUCUCGGUGUUGGGCUGUUGCACGGUAGAUGAGCCAUACUACCUUAUCACCGAGUUCAUGAAAUAUGGAGACCUACUGCACUUCUUAUGGAAGUGCAGGGAGGAAAACCGGCCCGAUAACGAUUUGAUUUACGUGCUGUCACAGACGAACAAGAUACAGAUUGCCCGACAAAUUGCGCGAGGCAUGGAAUACCUGUCCAACACCCGUUACUAUCACGGCGACCUUGCAGCUCGCAAUAUCCUGGUAGGCGAGGACCUUGUGAUCAAAAUCUCCGACUUCGGCCUGGCAGACGAUAUUUACCAGAACGGCUACAAACGCUUGGCGCCUCAGCGCAAGCGCCCGGUCAAGUGGGUCAGCCUCGAGACAAAUCUGGAGGGGAAAUGCACCAUACAAAGCGACGUGUGGUCCUUUGGUAUCGUCCUGUACGAGAUCUACACCCUAGGCAGCAUGCCGUACCCCGGACUGGACGGACGAGAGGUUAUCCGUCGUCUGCAGACUGGUUACCGCAUGGAAAUGCCCAACUGCUGUCCUCAAGACAUCUAUGACAUCAUGAGACAGUGCUGGCGGGAGAAACCGUCUGACCGGCCUACCUUUACCAAUCUCUUCAACACCUUCGACAAGAUGCUGGUGGCCCAGUGCGACUACAUGCCUCUGGAGGGCGCCGUGUACGAUCACUGCCUGCCAACUGGUGGCAGCAGUGGAACCAAGGCACGGGGCGAGAAAGAGGAGGCAAGUGGCGCCCCGGCUGCAACCGGGCAAAGGUUCACGCCGACCGUCGAGGAGAUGGUGAAGAGCGACACCGAGCAGAGCGACACAGCGAGGCUCUUUCAAAAAGAUGAAUAUGAAUGAGACAUUUCAAUCACUGCACAGCAAAACAAAAGUCAGCAGUAUUAUUAUGCUAUUUAUUGAAACUAUAAGGUUUAAUUAAAUAAUUCAUUAAAGGAGCAUGCAGUUACUCUUCCUUAUGGAUGUCCAUGUACGAUAUUACUCAUGACAAGCUGGUAGCCACAAAAUUUGUACAGUCGCAAGUCAAAUAUUACAUGUUUUUCUCUAAAUGUUUUUGCCCUAAUGAGAUUUAGUAGCUAGUUUUCCUGUCUUUUGGUCAAUUUGUAGUAUAAUGUAUUUGGAGCCAGUAAACAACUUUGUAGCAUGUUCAUUGUGUAAUGUUACCACAAUGUUUCCAACAGAAUACAUAGAUAUAUCGAAGUUAAUCCAUAUUGCAUUUUCGAAGAUUUAUAGCAAAACCUUUCGAGCGCAUUCCUAAUGGGAUGUCUGAGAAAUCAGUGAAGACAACCAACCAAUAAACGUCAUGACAAAUUGUAUUUACAGUUAAGGGACAAUCCAACCACUCAACUCUCGAUUAGUUUACGGUUGAUAUUCAGGCCAUUGUUUGAAAAAUAUUUGUCUGAGAUCAUCCAGUUUUAAGCGUUUUGUAGCAACAACAUAAAGUGAAUGAUCCCUUAUAGCUGUAGAAGUAUUAAGUUUUGGAAAGUAUUAAAGCAACUAUAGUAUUAUCUUAUAGUAUUAUCAAGAUGGCUUAUUAAGUUAUAUUGCAGGAAAACUUUCAUAAAAGCAGUGUAAAAGUAAUGACGUACAGGCUUCAUUAAUUAAGACUGGUGUUUAGAGAACUUAACAGAAAUUACAAAGUGUAAACAGAACCAAAGCAUGCGAAGUGCUUACAAUAAUGAUGGUCAAACGCCAGAGGGCGUGAUGUAGGUUAAUAACCAGGAUUCCUUCACUGUUGUCAAAGAUGUAAUUGCUACUGUGCCUGUGGUCCCAGGUUUAUUGUUACUAGACAGAUACGUUGUCAUGCAACUUAGCUUCGUGUAAGCAUUAUUUCACUCAGAUAUUACAAUCCGUAACAAGUCAGAGAAUAAAGAUUGGAAUUGGUGAUAGCAUUGUUGAUGUUCUUAUAUGAUUGUAAACGUUUCAUAUCAAACAUGAUUUUCAACGUAAGCCAAAGUGUCGCCACAUUUCGACAAACUCGUGAUUAAAGUUUAAUCAGUGUAUGCGUUUUAAUUGUAUUAAUUCUGCCCGUUUGAAUUUAUUAACAGCUACAAACAUGAGGUAGAUACCUGGAGAGCGAAAUGCUGACCAGGUAAAUCGUCACUCUCUAGAAAAUUGUGAAAGCUACGGGACUGCACGCAUGAUGAUACAUGGAGCCUGUAUUUCAUAAUGGAUUGAUGUAAAAUUAUUGUCACGAAUGAGAGGCUGGUUUGGAUAUAUAUUUGUAAUAUUAUAAUGUAACUGAAACUUAAUUAAACCUUAAAGGAACCAGGAAAUAGAAUUUUUUUUAAAUAUUACUAAAAACCCUUGAAAUUGCAUCUUUGGGUUUCAAUUAAUCUCAUUUUAAGUUUUCGUUUUGCAAUUGUUACCCAUUUUUGAUGCUUUUUUGGUUUUUAUGCUAAUGCUAUUUGCAUAUUCAUGAGCAAAACUAUGAUGUCAUCCAAGGCA